GGCACUCUGUAUCUAGCUCAAGGUUUGUAAACACACCAAUCAGCACCCUGUGUCUAGCUCAGGGUUUGUGAAUGCACCAAUCGACACUGUAUCUAGCUACUCUGGUGGGGGACUUGGAGAACCUUUAUGUCUAGCUAAGGGGAUUAUAAAUACACCAGUCGGCACUCUGUAUCUAGCUCAAGGUUUGUAAACACACCAAUCAGCACCCUGUGUCUAGCUCAGGGUUUGGGAAUGCACCAAUUGACACUCUGUAUCUAGCUAAUCUAGUGGGGACGUGGAAAACAUUUGUGUCUAACUCAGGGAUUGUAAAUGCACCAAUCAGCACCCUGUCAAAAGAGACCACUCCGCUCUCUGUAAAAUGGACCAAUCAGCAGGAUGUGGGUGGGCCCGGAUAAGAGAAUAAAAGCAGGCUGCCCGCCCCAUUAGUGGCAAUCAGCUGGGGUUCCUUUCUCCGCUGUGGAAGCUUUGUUCUUUCACUCUUUGCAAUAAAUCUUGCUGCUGCUCACACAUUGGGUUCACACUGCCUUUGUGAGCUGUAACACUCACCAUGAAGGUCUACAGCUUCACUCCUGAAGCCAGCGAGACCACGAACCCACUGGGAGAAACGAACAACUCCAGACGCACUGUCUUAAGAGCUAUAAUACUCACUGCAAAGGUCUGCAGCUUCACUUCUGAGCCAGCGAGACCACGAACCCACCAGAAGGAAGAAACUCCCAGCGCAUCCGAACAUCAGAAGGAACAAACUCCAGACAAGCUGCCUUUAGGAACUGCAACACUCACCGCGAGGGUCCGCGGCUUGAAGUCAGUGAGACCAAGAACCCACCAAUUCCGGACACACUGGGAUUACAGUUCCAGGAAGGAUGUUACCUUUGAUGAUGACAGUGUUAAUCCUGCUGCUGCUCCCCACGGGUCAGGCUGCCCCAAAGGAUGGAGUCAUAAGGCCAGACUCUGAAGUACAGCAUCAGCUCCUGCCCAACCCCUUCCAGCCAGGCCGGGAGCAGCUCGGACUUCUGCAGAGCUACCUAAAGGGACUGGAAAGGACAGAAGUGCAGCCGGAGCAUCUGAGCCGGGAGCAGGUUCUUCUCUACCUCUUUGCCCUCCAUGACUAUGACCAGAGUGGACAGCUGGAUGGCCUGGAGCUGUUGUCCAUGUUGACAGCUGCUCUGGUCCCUGGAGAUGCCAACUCUCCUGCCACCAACCCGGUGAUCUUGAUAGUGGACAAAGUGCUCGAGACCCAGGACCUGAAUGGGGAUGGGCUCAUGACCCCUGCUGAGCUCAUCAACUUCCCGGGAGUGGCCACCAGGCACGUGGAGCCCGGAGAGCCCCUUGCUUCAUCUCCUCAGGAGCCACAAGCUGUUGGAAGGCAGUCCCUAUUAGCUAAAAGCCCAUUAAGACAAGAAACACAGGAAACCCUGGGUCCCAGAGAAGAAGCAAAGGGCCAGGUAGAGGCCAGAAGGGAGUCUUUGGAUCCUGUCCAAGAGCCUGGGGGCCAGGCAGAGUCUGAAGGAGAUGCCCCCGGGCCCAGGGGGGAAGCUGGGGGCCAGGCAGAGGCUGAAGGAGAUGCCCCCGGGCCCAGGGGGGAAGCUGGGGGCCAGGCAGAGGCCUGGGAACUUCCAGGGGAAACACUGGAGUCUAAGAACACCCAAAAUGAGUUUGAGGUACACAUUGUUGAAGUGGAGAAUGAUGAGAUCUAGAUCUUGAAGCUACAGGUACCCCACGAAGUCUCAGUGCCAGAAUGUAAGCCUUGAAGUGGACAGGGGAAAUGUACGCUGGGACAAGGACCACCUCUGUGCCCCCUGUCUGGUCCCAGUAGGUAUCAGAUCUUUCUGUGCAGCUCAGGGAGACCCUAAGUUAAGGGGCAGAUUACCAAUAAAGAACUGAAUGAA